GUCCUGGAAGUUCUUUUUCAGUAUGCUGUAUAUGGAAUUGCUUUUGAAUGACUCCUGCUGUGCGUCAGAAAUCCGGAGCUGCAGGGGCAAUUAGAGAAGAUGUCACUUUCACUGGAGGUUCAGAAGUGGGGGAGAGAGUGAGGGGUAAAGAAGAAGGGGAGGAGGAAGUGGGGAGAGGAAGGGGGGAUGGAGAUGAAGGGCACAUCCUGAAGAGAUAAUCCCUGUGUACUCGUGACAUCAUCCCCUGCAUAUAUAUGUAUAUAUAGGGCAUGGUCAAAGCAUCUCUCACAGCUCAGUCACUUCCAAAGUCAGCUGAAGGCAGGAGGCAGUGCUAGAGAGCCCCCUUCAGCCUGUCUCUGGCGUUUAUGAACUUGGCUUGCUAGAAAGCUCAAGGAGAUGAUGGCAGGAAUGAAAAUUCAGCUGGUGUGCAUGAUCCUCCUGGCUUUCAGCUCCUGGAGUCUGUGCUCAGAUUCAGAAGAGGAAAUGAAGGCAUUAGAAGCAGAUUUAUUGACCAAUGUGCAUACAUCAAAGAUCAGUAAAGCAGGUAUUCCCUCUUGGAAGAUGACCCUGCUAAAUGUUUGCAGUCUUAUAAACAACCUGAACAGCCAAGCCGAGGAAACAGGAGAGUUUCAUGAAGAGGAGCUUAUUACCAGAAGGAAAUUUCCCACUGCCUUAGAUGGCUUUAGUUUGGAAGCAAUGUUGACAAUAUACCAGCUCCGAAAAAUCUGUCACAGCAGGGCCUUUCAACACUGGGAGUUAAUUCAAGAAGAUGUGCUUGAUAGUGGAAAUGUCAAAAAUGAAAAGGAAGAAGUUAUAAAGAGAAAAAUUCCUUACAUUCUGAAACGGCAGCUGUAUGAGAAUAAACCUAGGAGACCCUACAUACUCAAAAGAGGUUCUUACUACUACUGAGAGGCUAAAUGUUUUCUUUACACAUGAUUGUGAUUUAUCACCCUUAACUAAAUAUCAAAAUAUAUUUGUGUGAGAAUGUGGCAGAACACAAUUAUCUUGUCUCUUCUAUAAUUGUGGUUUAUUUGAUGUGACUUUUCUGCAUUAAUAUAAAUUGGACUAAAUGUUUUCAAAUAAAUCUAGAUCUUGAGCAUGAAGUGUUGUGUAUAAUUGGAGUAAAUAUUAAUUAAGUCACAUAUAGAAUGUUUUUGUAAUUUUGCAAAGCACUUAAUGGGUUGUUGAACCAGUUAAAAUGUUUGACAUUCUAAACCAAAUUAUGAGAGAUUAUAACAGAGUCUUAUGGCAAAGUCUAGCCCAUAUGUCAUUAACCCAAAACAAAGUAAUAGCACCUGUUUUAUUAUCUCACUGAAUGUUUUAUUAAAUUGAGAGAAAUAUGCGCUCUUUUCCAAGAGUCACUCAUGAAUCACUCAGAUAUGGGGAAGUUAACAGUAGUAAAAUAAGACCAUCUUAAAAGAAUGAUGAAUGAAUUAUUGUUAAUUAUGCCUGUCUUAAUGACCUUCAACUGAAUUUGUUUCUUCUGUUAAAUGAACUUAAUGGCUAAUUAAAAAAAACAAAACCCAAGCCAUCAG